AUGAAGCACUCCUUUGAGCAUGUCUGGGUACAUAAGGCAACGGCCAAAGAGCAGAUUGAUGCAGCCAUGGCUAAGGGGUUUGACUUUUACUUCAACUUUAUGUGGGGCCAGUAUGAAGAUGAAGUUGCUGGGGUUGCAGCUUGUCAAUACUUCGAGAGCCUAGGGGGAGCGCCCAAGGUCCCGGGUAUCUUGAAUUAUCCACUCUUCAUCAAGCCAGCAAUUAGUUGUGCUAGUCUCUUCAUAUCGGAAAAACCCCUGUGUGCGAAUCGUGAAGAGCUUCGAGCCUCUCUCCAGAGCCUCUGCCAGGAACUGGAGCCCAGACGUAAGAUGUCCGGCCGGACGUUAGAGAAUUUAAAUUCUUCCCUGGUGGUUGAUGGAAUCCCUAUUCCGGACGAUAUUGUCGUUCAGAAGUUCAUCCCAGGUUGGGAUCACUCCGUGGUGAUUAUCGAGCUCGGAGACCGCCCGGUACCUUUGAACCCUGAACGAUACGUGCACUCUGAUGGGUACAAUAUAUACAGUGACUUCCUGCGUUUCGACGUCAAGUUUGAUCCUAGGACACACGUGGAACUUGUGCCAUUCGAAGAAACACCGGAAUUAUUUCGAAAGCUACAGGAUGGCGAGCCCACUGUGCUCGAGGUGACUCCCAUGCCGGCCAUCUUCCUGACACCGGAAAUUGAAUGGGAAGAUAUUGUAAUCCGCAAUUCCUUCCCUGGAGGGCACCGCGCGCUAAUCGACGUGUUAAUCGCAAACGAAUUGGAUCGCCAGAAUAGGGAUAAAGAGCGCGAGGCCCGUGUGGCCAAGGUCUACGAUGCUUAUUCUGACACAUACGACGACGAUAUAAAACACCUAAAUCUAGAGGCUAUAUAUCGGAAUGUGAUCGAUGGGUCAAGGUUAUCAGGUACUAUUCUGGAGCUCGGUCCUGGGACAGGCUUAUUCGGCCGGCUUCUGUCUGAAAAGACGAAAACUCCUCGAUCCCAUUGUGAGGACCCUUCUUGCACAUAUCACCGCACGACAGACAUCAGUCUGAAUGGAAUCGAACUAUCGCAGGGAAUGAUCGACCGGUGCCUGAAAACAGGAGCCUACUCUACUGUCCACAAUGGCCCAUGCCAAGUGAUUCUACCAUCAGUCAGAUCCUUCGACCAUGCCGUCAGCGUGAGCAACCUUUGCUACCUGAGUCCGACGGAUUUCUCCCUUGUGAUGGUGUGUCUCUUUCAACAGGCACAAAAUUCCAUUAUCGUUACAAUCGACGAGAUCCCAGACAUCUACAAUAAGCGCCUCGUAGAAAUGAGCGAACCUCAUUCCUCAAUGCCCUCCCCCAGUGGGAUGGAAGUUGUCAAGAAGUUUUUGGGCGUCCGCAUGGCAGUCUCCAAAGACCGGAAUUGA